AAGAAAAGAGAAAGUAAAAAGAAAAAAGGAAAGAAAAGAAAAGAAAAGAAAAGAAAAGAAAGGAAAAGAAAAAGAAAAUUAAAGGGCCUACAGGAGAGAAGGAUGCCAGUAUUGACAUUGCCUAAAGGCGAAGGCCUUGCAUUGCGCGUGCAGAUUCGCUGAAAUAGUUACAAAUUAAAUACUAUAACUAUUGCUACUUUUACUCUCUUUUCUUCUUCUCCUUCUUCUUCUUCUUCACUCGCUCCCGUCUCCAUGGACUCACUCUAGUCUUCUUCACUAUCCACAAAAUGGUUUAUUAAAUAAAAUAAUAUAACAAAAUGGCUGCUUGAUACCCUCUUUACUCAAGUCAACAAUUUGUUUUCCUGUACAAGAAGUAAAGCAGGAGUAGGAGGGGGAGGGAGAUAACACAUUUCUUUUAAAUCAAUUGGUCCGAUCCGGCUCUCAAUGCUCAAUACUUCCAAUAAUAUUCCCGAUGGACCACCUAUCGCCUGUGGCUCUGACCGAUUCUGGUGGAUAGUGGCGGCUCUGCAGUCCAAAACAACAGCUGUAGCCGUCACUACUCCCUUGGCCCGAAUCAGCAGCUGUACUAAUCGUUUUUAUUGCCUUUCGUAAGUUAAGAAGAAAACCCAAUUCUUGGGUUUUCUUUUGUUUUGGUGUUUGUAAUAGUAGUGAAAGAUUAGGAAUAUUUACUGAAAGAAUUAUUGAAGUAAAUGAAAGCUCUAAGGCGAAGUCAUACUUCUUCCUCGUCAUCAAAUUCAUCUUCUCCAUCAUCGGCAUCGUCCGGGUCCUCUUCAUGGGUUCAUUUGCGUUCUGUUCUUUUAAUUGUUAAUUCUUCGUCUCCAGCUUCUUGUUCCGAUUCUCAUCGGGGCCAUCUUAAAUCACCAUGGUCUCGUAGGAAAAGAAAACAUGUCCUUACUCCUCGACAAUGGAGAAGUUUGUUUACACCAGAAGGAAAACUCCGUGACCGUGGAGUUAAGUUUUUGAAGAAAGUUCGAAGCGGAGGUGUAGACCCAAGUAUUAGAGCAGAAGUUUGGCCCUUCCUACUUGGAGUCUAUGACUUGAACAGCUCCAAAGAAGAAAGAGAUGCUAUAAGAACCCAGAAAAGAAAGGAAUAUGAAAAACUCCGCAGACAGUGCCGACGACUUCUCAGACGCAGCACUGGGAGCUUUAAGCUGGAUAAAAGUGGUGAAUCAAGCAACAAUGAGGAGAGCAGAAGUCAAGUUCGAGACACCGACUCUUCUAGUUCUGAAGAUGUAGUUAGUGCCCGGGAAUCCCUUUCCAGUGAGGAGAAGUGUCCAGAUCUUGAGUACUCUGAUGAUCCCUCUAUUGAACUACUGGAAGGCGAUGAUAGUUCAAGACAACAAUUGACAAACACUGAUGCUUCAGCACUAAACACUGAGUCAUCUGACUCGGACUCCUCCGAAGACCCUGAAGCCAUUCAGGCUUCCUCCUCUUCAGAAGGCAGGGAGAAGAAUGAUCCUGAUGUUCCUUACAAAGAGUUUAUUUCUCCAUCUAGGGCUGGUCUCCACUCAAAUUGGCAUGCCAGUGAGAAUUUUGCCACAUGGCAGCGGAUCAUCCGUGUUGAUGCAGUGCGUGCCAAUUCCGAAUGGAUACCUUACUCCCCAUCGCAGGCUUCAGUAUCAGAUGAUAGAGCACGCUGUUCUGCAGAGGCUGUUGGGUUAAAGGACUACGAUCACCUGGAACCUUGCAGAAUUUUCCAUGCUGCUCGAUUAGUUGCUAUUCUUGAAGCCUAUGCGCUUUAUGAUCCUGAAAUUGGCUAUUGUCAGGGCAUGAGUGAUCUACUUUCUCCUAUUAUUACUGUUAUUACAGAGGAUCAUGAAGCUUUCUGGUGUUUUGUGGGUUUCAUGAAGAAGGCUCGCCACAAUUUUCGGCUCGAUGAAGUUGGAAUUAGAAGACAAUUGAAUAUUGUUUCAAAGAUUAUUAAAUCCAAAGACUCGCAUCUCUUCAGGCACUUGGAGAAGCUCCAGGCCGAGGAUUGCUUUUUUGUGUAUAGGAUGGUGGUGGUGCUGUUUAGGAGGGAGCUGACAUUUGAACAGACUAUUUGUCUCUGGGAGGUGAUGUGGGCAGAUCAGGCAGCCAUAAGGGCUGGCAUUGGCAAGUCAGCAUGGAGCAGGAUAAGGCAGCGAGCACCGCCAACAGAUGAUUUAUUGCUUUAUGCUAUUGCAGCUUCAGUAUUGCAGAAGAAGAAAUUAAUAAUAGAGAAAUACAACAGCAUGGAUGAAAUUUUAAGAGACUGCAACAGCAUGGGUGGGCAACUUAAUGUAUGGAAGCUCCUAGAUGAUGCACAUGACUUGGUGGUUACCCUACACGACAAGGUAGAGGCAUCCUUCUAAUCGUUUUUGAGUAUGUCCACUAACUUAUGUUCUUCAAUCGUUUUUUCUUCCUUGGGGUGUUUCAAGCAUCAUCCUUCCGCUCGCAUUAAAACAAGCACCCCAGAGGACAUUUAUCCUCUGUUAUGCUGGUAAUGGCUUAAAUGAUACAGUACAAGUAUUUAGAAUUGUCUGCAUCUUUGUUCUUCCACUCUUUGGAGUACAGCACAGAGUCUCUGUAUUCACAAGCAACUCAUAUUAAACUGGUAGGGCCUUUAUCGACAAGCAGUGUAUCAUACUGGAUGAAGAAUAUUAUGAUUUCAACAAUAUAUUUACAAAAUUUUUCCCCCCAGCCUGUCUUUCAAAAAUGGAAUCUGUGUGUAACAGGCGGAUGGUAGAAGCUAUUCAAGAAAAGCAAAAUAAGGUGCUUGUAGCUUCUCCUGGCAGCUGAACAAGAUUUGUCUUUAAUAAUUAUAGUGCUAAAAUAGUGUAGCAAAUGGUAACACUAUGUCUUCUGGAACAGGUUGCUUUCCAGUUAAUAUUUCAUGCUGUUCUUUCC